AUGAUGCAGAGUUUCAAGAAAUUCACACCACUUUUUAUAGUAAUCUUGAUAGCACUUCCUUUUCUUCUCAUGAACUCAAAAUCAAACUUCUCUCUCUUUGACGACUUUACAAAAGACAAGAUGCUACACCUUCUUGGAGAAAAUAAGAAUGGAGGAAGACUUCAUAAUAUAUCAGAUGACCACAUCAAUGUCCAAAAUAACACCGACUCAAAGGUACAAGGAAAAAUUGAAAAUGGAACUACACCAACCGAAGUAAGACCAGCUACAACAUUAGGUUUGAAAAAUGACUCAUUGACAAGUUCCACAAAUAACAGAGAGAAAUUUCUUGAUGGACUUUUACCUUCUGGGAUUGAUGAUGAACCAUCAUGCAUAAGCAGGCAUCAAUCUCAUUUAUUCCGCAAAUCUUCGCCUCAUAAACCAUCUUCGUAUUUGAUAUCGAAACUCCGAAACUAUGAAAAAAUUCAUAAAAGGUGUGGACCUAAUACUAAUGCUUAUCGCAAAAGCAUGGAAGAGAUUCUACAUUCUAACAACAUUAACAAUGAUUAUGAAAGAUGCAAAUAUCUUAUUUGGACACGUGCUAAUGGUUUAGGGAACCAAAUGAUUAGCAUGGCUGCAACGUUUCUUUAUGCUCUCCUCACAGACCGCGUUUUGCUCGUAAGAUUCGGGAAAGACAAACAAGGUCUAUUUUGCGAGCCGUUUCUGAAUUCAACUUGGCUGUUACCUCAGAAUUCUCCAUUUUGGAGUGAAAAUCAUGUUGAAACAUAUGAAAGCUUGAUAGAGAAAGAAAAAGCUAACAAUAAUUCAUAUUUGGAUUUGCCAUCAGCACUAUUUCUCAAUCUACAAUACCAACAGAAUUAUCAUGAGAAGUUUUUUCACUGCGAUGAUAGACAAGAUCUUCUCAGUAAGAUUCCGCUUAUGAUUUUGCUAUCAGAUCAAUAUUUUGUACCUUCUCUUUUCAUGACACCUUUGUUCAACAAGGAACUUGAGAAAAUGUUCAUUGAAAAAGAAGCGGUUUUUCACCAUCUGGCACGCUACCUUUUCCACCCUUCGAAUUCGGCGUGGAGACUAAUCACAACUUUCUAUCAACAACAUUUGGCUAAAGCAGAUGAGAAAGUGGGCCUUCAGAUAAGAGUUUUUCGUCCUAAUACCACUCCACAACAAGCAGUUAUGAAUCUAGUUUUGAACUGCACACUAGAAAAUAAGCUUCUUCCGAAAGUACUUGAUAUGAAUAACUCAGUGUCUUCUGGUGGCAUAAAGGUUGUUCUGGUGGCGUCUUUAUAUCCAGAAUAUGGUGAGAAUUUAAAGACAUUGUAUAUGAAUAAGUCAACGGUUACCGGGGAAGUAGUUGAAGUUUAUCAACCGAGCGGCGAGGAGGAGCAGAAGUUUAACGAUAAUACGCAUAAUAUGAAGGCUUUGGUUGAUAUGUAUUUACUAAGUCUAUCUGAUGUGUUGGUGACUACAUCUCUGUCUACAUUUGGAUAUGUUGCACAAGGUUUGGGAAAUUUGAAGCCAUGGCUUCUAUACAGGCUAGGAAGCAAUGAGAGUCAUUAUCCAGCUUGUGAAAGAGAGUUCUCAAUGGAGCCUUGUUAUCAUUAUCCUCCUAAGAAUUAUUGUGGUGGAAAGGCUAUACAUGAUUACGCUGCUUCUUUCAUUUAUAUGAGGAAAUGUAAGGAUUAUAGUUCUGGUGUAAAGAUGAUUAAUAACUUUAGAUAA